GUUACUGGGUUAUAAUUUGAUGCUUUCUCUCACCUUCAGCCAGAAAUCCCUGUUCUUAUCACUAGCCUCAAGCAAUUGACUCUCUCCAUCUCUUAUUCUCCAAUCCCUGGAGAUUUUCUUGGUUCUGAGUUGUAAUUUUUCUCUUCCCUUACAAGUUCAGCAUGGUUGCUAUCAGUUUCUUUCUCUUGGGUUUCCUCAGCUCACUUCUCUUCUUGGAAACCAAAACUAAAUGGCAGUUUCCAGUCACCAUCUUGCUCACAUCUUUCAGGUACCUCUUUCCCUUUGCUCCAGAUGUUGUUCCUCUUUUUCUUUCCCAGGUGCUUCCUCUCACAUCUCCCAGCUCUCCCCCCCUCCUUUGUCAGGACCAAGGGAGGUACUUAGGAGAACCAGUUAGGCCAGUCUCAGCAAGUGUCUUCACUCUCUCUCCACCCUCACCCCGUUGGAUUUUGGAGUCAGUAUGAGCUCUCCUGCCACCCUAAAUUUAGGAUUCUGCAUUGGCUGCCUGGACGAAUGUGGGGGAAGGGAAGAAUUUGCCAGGCUUCGCCUCAGUGUAUGGGGAUUACUCAUCCACUACGCUGAGCAAGUACUGCAACGUGAUACUAUUAAAGACAAAAAAUGCAAACUAGCCUAGUGAGAACACUGGGCACCGGCAAGGUCGGAAGGGAACGCUGAAGAGAAGCAACACAUAUUGGCAGCGACUUACAGAGGCUUUCGAACCAGUCUGACCGCAGGAUUACCAAAGUAGCCGAGGAGCCUCCUUUUUUUUGCCUGCCAAGCCAUUCACUUCCAGUUCAGGCAAUCCGAUAGAGCGAUAUACCUGUGGACUAGAGAGCUACAGCACGAAAAUCAAGAGGAAUUGUGGAGAUUAUGGCAUCUGAAGCUCAAAAUGAUAGAAAACGGAACCUGUUAUAUAUUGAGGGUCGUCCUAUUGAUCUCCCUAAGAAAAGGAGCUCUCAUUCCCUUAGUGAGAAUAUGAAGGAGGAUAAGAAAUCUCCAAAACAUUUGGCUUCUUGCACAAGCAGAGCAACAGUUGGACAAACUCUAACCAGCCCCCAUUCUCUGUUCAAAGUAGUAUAUUGUAGAAGAAAAGCUCAUUACUAUUCUCCAAAGCCUUGUUUCAAAAAGAAACAGCUCCCUAAAGUUAGAGGCCGUGACAUGGCAAAUAAGGAAAAUGAACUAGCCUGUGCAGGUAACCUGCCAGCCAAAUUGCCUCCUGAUGGUCGUACUUUCUUACUGAACUCCAGUGAGGCUGGCCAGUCUCAAACAGAGAGUCCUUCAUCAAAAUACAGUGGAUUUUUUUCAGAGGUUUCUGAAGAUCAUGAUACAAUGGCCCAAGUUCUCUUCAGUAGAAAUCUCCGUCUGAAUGUAGCUUUAACCUUUUGGAAGAGGAGAAGUAUAAGUGAACUUGUAGCCUAUUUAGUGAGGAUACAAGAUCUAGGAGUAGUUGUAGAUUGUCUCCCUGUCCUUACCAGCAGUUUACAGGAAGAAAAACCUUAUAUUUCUGUUGGUUGCUGUGUAGACCUUCUACCAUUAAUAAAAUUAAUGCUUAAAAGCAAAUUUGAAGAAUAUGUAAUUGUUGGUUUAAAUUGGCUUCAGGCUGUGAUUAAGAGAUGGUGGUCACAACUUUCUAUCCAUACGGAUAAGAUAGAAGAUGGAAAUAUUCAGAUUUUAAAAGAACAAUUAAGUAUAUUGUGGAAACAAGCAAACCAUCUUACUUUGGUUCCAGGAUAUACGGGUAAUAUAGCAAAGGGUGUGGAAUCUUAUUUGUUACAGUUGCAUUGAUAUACCUGAAGGACAAAGCUGUGUGCUUAAACAGGGUCAGUCAACAGCAACACUAAGCAAGAUACUCUUUCCAAAUAAUUCCUCUUCUGAGAACUGUCUUUGACAGAAGAAGGCUGGACCAUUGGACUAUUUAAUGCAAACACUAAAUAUCCAUCUGCUUCACAUUGAAGUGGAAAAAAUUCUAACAGGAGCAACUUUUACUUCAGUGAGGUGAAAGUGCACUAUGAAAACUCUAUGUAUGCCUUUGCCGCACUUGGGGGAUAUUUUCAGUUACCUGGUGAAAUCAUGAAAGUGUUUCUUCUACAUAACUGUAUGAUAGAACAAUACCUAAUUGUGAAGACAGAAUUGAAAACCAUUACUAGGAACCACAAAAGACCAUUUGCCAUAAAGUUUUUUUAAAUCAUGUUUUUCUUAUAACUGUAAAAAUGUAUUUUCAGAUAUGUUACAAAUUUUGAGUUUUGAUGUACUGAAUUUCUGAAAUGUGUCUGCUAUAUUAAUCAAAAUAUUAAAGACUAUUUUUGUUGCACUACUGAAAAACUGCAUCUAGCUAAGAGGCCUUAACUACUAGAAUUGCAAAUAGCCAAUAUAUUAGGGUAUCAUAUAUAUAGCCAAUAUAUUAAAUAACUAUAAAGAGGGAUGGAAAUUCCUUUGAAAAAAAAAUCAAAGUGUUUACACAAAUUGUGUACAAAUCAUUUUGAAACGUUUUGCACACUGAAAUAUAUUGAAGUGGGGUUUUCCACUAAAUUGACUACUUAAAUACCUGUAUGACUUAAUUGUAAGAGUAUUAAAAUAUAGAACAUUGAGAAAGCUAACUGUAGAUGUGAACAGAAUAGUGAUUCUGUAUAUCUUGCAUUUUAAUACUUUUUCUAAUAUAUUCUACUCUUUAUAGUUCGAAUUACAUGCAGCUUAGUAAAUGUACUAAUGUUACUGUUUUAAGUUCAGAUUUUCCCACUUCAGAACCUUUUCUUCUGUUCUUCAAAUAUUUAAAACUCCUAGAAAUGUUUACAGCCUGACUAGACUUGUGUGUUUCAGAUUUAACAGCACAGCUGCUACCUCUUCUAACAAAUGUUGCUGCAAAGCUUUCAGGCGUAGAUGCCACAUGGUCAAAUUCCUAACUUAACACUGCUUUUUUUAAAAAACAAUAAAUGCAGUACAUCUCAUGUACAAGUUUUA